CUGCAUCUGCGUCUUCUCUCCAGCCACCAUUCUUCAUUUCCGUCUCCAUUUUUGCCUUUAAUUCUUUGCUUUUGGGCUUUCUAUUCUCGUUUAGAAAUGCAAGCAACGAUGUUUCUGAGAGCUGUUCCAGCUUUUUCUCUGUCAACCAGACAGGGAGAUGCUGCUUUUAGCCCCAGCAAUGGCCUUUCUUCUUCUUCUCUCCCAGUCCCGACUUUAUUGCCAAGAAGGCGAAGAAACAGUCUUGUGGUUUCUGCUGUGGAGCAGAGCGGUUUGCAGUUGACUGGUGUAGUAUUCCAGCCAUUUGAAGAGGUCAAGAAGGAAGCUUUUUUGGUUCCUAUUGCUCCUAAUGUUUCUGUUGCUCGCCAGUUUUAUGAGGAUGAGUGUGAAGCUGCAAUAAACGAGCAGAUCAAUGUGGAAUACAAUGCUUCCUACGUAUACCACGCCUUGUUUGCAUAUUUUGACAGGGACAACGUUGCCUUGAGGGGACUAGCCAAAUUUUUCAAGGAAUCCAGUGAAGAAGAAAGAGAGCACGCUGAAAAGCUAAUGAAGUAUCAGAACAUCCGCGGAGGGCGAGUAAAACUGCACUCUAUACUAAUGCCUCUGUCAGAGUUUGAUCAUUCAGAGAAGGGAGAUGCAUUGUAUGCUAUGGAGUUAGCACUGUCUUUGGAGAAGUUGACAAAUGAAAAACUGUUGAACUUGCACAGCGUGGCAGAUCGAAAUAAUGAUGCACAGAUGAUGGAAUUCAUUGAGAGCGAGUUUUUGACAGAGCAGGUUGAAGACAUUAAGAAGAUAGCAGAAUAUGUCUCUCAAUUAAGGAGGGUGGGGAAAGGCCACGGAGUCUGGCAUUUUGAUCAGAUGCUUCUCCAUGAGGGUGAUGCUGCAUGAUGAAGAUAAAUAACUUGUACUUUGUUCUUGGUUUUAGUAUGUGUUUGGGUAUUGAAGUACUACGACUCUUCUUCCCUGGGAGCUUUAAUGUAUUAGAGAGAAUAAAUUAGCAUUGUACUACUUAGGAUCUGGGCAGCUGUUUUGAUUAAAAUAAUAAGAGCAACCUGUUGUGCAA